CACAGGGAGGGGCUCCGGUCCCGACCAUUGGCUGGCAUUGGAUUAGCCACAGAUUUACGGGAGGGCCACGACCAGGGAGGAUGAGCCGGAGCGGUAGUCUUUUCAUUUCGCUCAGUAAGGGUUUCAAGAUGAUUUUAAGACAGAACUAGCGAGUUUCUUUAUCUUCUUUGUGCGCGUUAAAUUUGAAGAAACAAAGAGGUGGCGAUGCGCGCACACGGAGAAAGCCUGAUCGGACUGAAGGAGUGGAGCAUGUAACCGUGAGCAGAAACCCACCUGACACUUGCCUCAGCUCCUCGCUCUUCACCGUGGAGGCUGCUCUGUGUGUGCUCUGAACCUCUUUUGCAGUUUGGGAUUUUAUCUUUUGGAAAAUGGCCGAGGAAGUGUCAGAAGUCCCCAAAGAACUCGUGGACAGUGUGAGGGAUGCAGUUGGGAGGAAGGUGAAGCUGUCACUGAGGAGGAGAGUCAAACUGGAGAUCAAAGGAGACAAGACGGAGAACCGGGUCCUGGCACUGGCAUCUCACAGAGUGUACCUCUUGACGGCUCGUGUUCCCGCUAAGGUGGAGCACUCCUUUAACUAUCUGGAGAUUCUGGGGAUUGUGUGUAAUAAACCUACACAGCUGUCAAUAGAGUAUGAGCGUGGAUCCUUUUCGCUGAAGCUCCUUUCAACAGAAGAGGUCAAUGAAGUUGUGGCACACAUUGGAAACUGUAUGCAGAGGAUAUGUCCAGGUUUACCACCACCAAAAGUCAUGAAGAAGCUGAGUAUGGAGCCUCCGGACAGGCUGACCUCUUUACAAACACAGUGGGAAAACCACAAGCCUGCAGAACCUGGGCCCUGUGGUGGCUUCUCUCAGAUGUACCGAUGUGUUUGUGACUGGCUUGGAUUGCCUUACAGAGAAGAGGUGCAAUGGGAUGUAGACACCAUCUAUUUAACACAAGAUUCUAGAGAACUCAACCUACAAGAUUUCAACCAUCUGGAAAACCGAGAUCUGGUGGCUAUAAUCGCAGUGUUGGAGUUUAACCAGUGGUUUACCAAGCUAUCCACCAAGGACUGUAAACUGUCUGCAGAUGUGUGUGAGGAGAUCCUAAGAGUGGUAUCAAGAUCAAGUCGACUGGAAGAAUUGGUUCUGGACAAUGCAGGACUGAAAACAGAUUUCGCCCAAAAGCUUGCUGCUGCCCUGGCGAGCAACCCCAGCUCAGGACUCACUACCAUUAAUCUUGCCAACAACCCUCUGGAGGAUAGAGGUAUCUCAUCUUUAGGUGCUCAGUUUGCCAAACUGCAAAUGGGACUAAAACAUUUAAACUUUUCUAAGACCUCACUAUCACCCAAAGGGGUGAACAGCCUUUGCCAGUCCCUCAGUGCCAACCCGUCCAUCCCCGGCAGCCUGCUCCAUCUGGACCUCUCAGGGAACAUGCUAAGAGGAGAUGACAUGCAGCAUUUCUACCAUUUUCUGGCUCAACCAAACAGCUUGUCAACCCUUGAUUUAUCCAACACUGACUGCUCCUUGGAUCAGGUUUGCUCCGCUCUGUUGCGAGGAUCAGGCCAACAUCUCUCCGUGCUCAAUGUGUCAAAAAGUGUCUUCGCCCACAGGAAGGGCAAAGAGGUGCCACCGUCAUUUAAACACUUCUUCAGCAGUGCCAUGUCUCUCAGCUCUGUCAACGUGUCAGGAACCAAGCUGCCUCCAGAAGCCCUCAAAGCGCUGCUUUUAGGGCUGGCUAGCAAUGCCAAUGUCACAGAUGUAUCGCUAGACCUCAGCUGCUGUGAGUUGCGGUCUGGAGGUUCUCAAAUCCUUGAAAGUUGCAUUGCAGAAAUCCCAAAUAUCUCCAGCCUGGAUAUUUCUGAUAAUGGCCUAGACUCAGACCUGUCCACUCUUCUUGUCUGGUUGGCUAAGAAUCGCUCCAUCCGGCACUUAUCUUUAGGAAAGAACUUCAACAAUAUCAAAUCAAAAAACUUGGCCCCAGUGCUGGAUAGUCUGGUACAUAUGAUUCAGGAGGAGGAGUCGGCCCUCACCUCUCUUUCUCUAGCUGACUCCAAACUCAAAAGUGACCUGACCAUUGUCCUGAAUGCACUGGGCAGCAACACCACACUCACCAAGCUAGACAUCAGUGGGAAUGCCAUGGGUGACAUGGGAGCCAAGAUGUUGGCAAAGGCACUGCAAAUCAACUCUAAACUCAGGUCUGUGAUCUGGGACAGGAACAACACCAGUCCUCAAGGUCUGCAGGAUGUAGCGGCUGCUUUGGAAAAAAACUUCACAAUUCGAUUCAUGCCCAUCCCCAUCAUUGAUGCCUCCCAGGCUUUGAAGGCGAAUCCAGAAAAAACAGAGGACGCCUUACUAAAGAUUGAAAAUUACCUGUACAGGAACCAUGAAACCAGGAAAUACUUACAAGAACAGGCUUAUCGUCUUCAACAGGGCAUUGUGACCACAACCACACAAACGGUGAUUGAUAGAAUAUGUGUAAAGGUUCAAGACCAUUUGAACUCCUUGAGAAACUCUGAAGCAGAUGCAAUAGUGGAAGAUGUGAAAUCUGCUGAAAACCUCAUUAAGGAUGCUAGAAAUUCAAAAACCUUGCUCCCCAACCUGUACCACCCUUACUCCAAUGCGGACCAUCUGGUACGGAGAGGUCGUCCAUUGGUGCAGCAGGAGUCCGUGGAUCUUGACGUUCCAGAGGAGAAAAUCCCUAAACGUGCCUCCACUGAGAUUUUGGAGGGGGAAAGACUGGAUGACUUGGAAACCUGCAUGAUGACUCCAAAAUCCAAGAGGAAAAGCAUCCAUAGUAGAAUGCUCCGGCCAGUGUCUCGUGCCUUUGAGAUGGAGUUUGACCUGGACAAAGCUCUGGAGGAUGUUCCUGUUCAUGUAGAAGACUCCACAGUGUCUCAGCCCACGCCUGCUUCUGCCCCAUCCAAACAGGAGCAGAGGUCUUCAGGGGGAAUGAUGACCCUCCCAUCUGAGGAGGAGAAGAAACUACAACAUUUCACGAAACUCCGGCCACGCAGGAACAAGAAAACACACUCCAGCAAAGUACCAGCAUUCAGCAGUACAUCAUCCCAGGAUGGAGAGCAGAACGGGCUUAUGGGACGAGUGGAUGAAGGUGUGGAUGAGUUCUUCUCUAAAAAAGUCACCAAACUGGAUUCAAAACGUUCCUCAAAGAGUUCUGAAUCUCAUGACGGAGAGAAGAAAAAGAAGGGAGGUUUUCUGAACCUCAUCAAGCGAUCCUCCAAAGACAAACUAGACAAAUCAGACAAAUUGGACAAAUCAGACAAGUCAGAGAAGAACCAUCCUGUUGCUAUAUCCACCACAACAUCCUCCUCCAGUAUCCCAGAAGAGCCCUCCUCACCUAAGGUGGCACUAAGGAGUCCAGCACAUGAGCCAAAGUCUCGGGACACGUCCAGUCGUUCCCAGCCCACAGACUACAGCAGCAGCUCGGAUAGAUCAGAAGACUUAAGGACCCCAGACUCAAUGGAUGAGCCGUGGGAGGGGUCAGACGGGCGAGGCAGUCCCCAGGGAGGGAAGAGGCAUCCUGGGGUGCAGAUGAUUGGCGGUGGGCUCCUAGCUGAGAUGAAGGCCAAACAUGAGAGGAGAGUUCAUAAGUCUUCCAGCCCAGACAGACCUGAGAGCAAUACAACAGCUAAGCCACAGCCCCCCACUCCUGAAAACCGAUCUCCCAGCAGUCCCAUGAGUAAACCUGACUUUUCCACAGCCCUCCCAGAAAAGACCCCCGCUCAUGGUGAAAACAAACCUGAAACAGCUCUUCGUGUCAGGGCUGCAUCAUCGUCUGGUCCCCCUGGAGGACCCGUUAGUCCUAAACCUCAAGUCCCACCGGGGGCUAAACCUGCUCUGGCUGCACGGCCCACAAUCCCACAGAAACCAAGAACAACCAGUACCAGCAAGAGCAUAGAUGAUAGCUCAGAUUCUCCAAGUAGUGCAUCUCCUAAAACUAACAGUCGACCUUCAACACUGAAAAAAGCCCAAUCAGAAAAGGACAAAGAUGGACAGAGCAAUAAAAGCUCCAAGGAAGUAAAGCCACCAUUUGAGACUCUUCAACGCCCCAGCCAGACUAACUCAGAGGAGCAUGGUCCUCUCAAACCCAAGGAGCUCUCUUCAAAUGCCAAGGACAAAGGGGCAAAGAAACCAGGCUCUGGAGAAGAAGCGGACAAUGAAAUUAUUUUGAUCUAACUGACAGACUUUCACUGUUGGGCCUCAGAUGUUCUUCCAGCAGACAAACAAUUGUCUUUUCACCUUUACCCGGGGUUACACGGUACAAGCAUAAAGUCAUGUUCGGGGGAGGAUCACCUUUGAUAUUAACCAACCAUUGCCUAGUGAACCAAACUGCAUAAACUGCCAUCAGAGCUUCCUUGAAUUUACUGUGUAAAAAUAUCAUGCCUCAAAUACUAUGUCAGAAAUUCAUUUAAGUAAAAAUUCAGCUUCAUACACAGUUUUGAGAGCAGAUGAUGAAUCAAAAGGCAUUACACAUUAAUGAUUUUCAGUGCAGAUCUUACACCACAUUGUUGUACUAAUCUUAAUCUAAAUGCCUUUCUGCUGUGUUCUAGUAGCUUGCUCCCAGGGACCAACCACAUCACUGUCACAGUACUGUAUUUCCAUAUACUAAUGCACUAGACCCCUGUAACAGUUGUCUCUGUUUCUAAUACUUUGUCACAUUAAUUUAUUGUGUACAGAUAUUUCUUUAUUAUGUUUUUUCAGUUUUUUGGUUUAUCAUUAUAAUUGUCUGUUCUUUGGGUUAUUCAAUACCCUACCAAUAUGCAAUUUAUAUUUGUUACAGAAGAACACAGGCUUUGCUGAGCCUUUCAGCCCACUUUCCACAAAGUGUAGUAAGUCAUUAUUUAGUUGACUUUCUUUUGUAGCUAAAUAUCUGGAGCUGGAUGGGCCUAAUGACGUGUCUGCUUUAUGAGCACUACAAUGUACAAACUUAAGCAAUAUCAAAUCAUGUAAGGCGUAGCACUGUUACUAAUAUUAUCACUGUGGAGAUCUGAUUUAACAGUGUCAUUUUGUCACUGUGUCAUAAACGUUAACAUGCUCUUAAAGAUUGGAACAGGAAAUUACCAUUCUGGUGUUUCUGUGUAAGCUAGUCCAGUAAAUGCAGAAGCAGACUCAUUGUUAAAAUGUUUGUUUGUUGUUUGUUUAAAAGCAGGACACUGAGGGAAUUCCAGCCUAAAACCACACUCCACUUUUCCUCCUCAAUACUUCAGGGAUGUCUUUUGAAUACAGAAUCAAACUUUUCUCUAUGGUCUAUUUUCAUGAGCUAAAAAUCAACAAAGAUGUCACUAACUUUUCUCUGGUGAUACCCUACACGCUGCUGCGGUCUGCUCCCAGUAUUGUAUAGCAAAUUGGAUAAACCUUGCAGCUUUUACACUUCUUCAGGAGCAAAGGUCUGACUGUUGCACCUUCAGCUAUGCUAUGUUCUGAAUGUUUUUCUAUGACAUCAUAAAAUUUAGUGUUUAGGUUGCGAACAGUACUGUGCCGUUAAUCUAUCAACAAUUGUUCUGUAAUGGCAAUGAUAAUAUAUUUGCACCAAAUGUUUGGGAUAAUUUGAAAUAUCACACUUAUUUGCUCCUCUUCUUCUCCAGAGGAGCAGGUUAUGUUUCUGUCUGAAUGAUCAUGUUUAACUUCAGAAAGAGCACCUUUUUUCCUGUUGGUCAGUGUUUGGAGUGGAGCUGAGGAAAAGCUCCGUAGCAUUGCAUCCUCUUGUGUGUGACUGCAUGACUGUCUUUGUAUAUAUGUGCUUCAUCUGUUGGUUUGUAUAUGGGGUGUCUGCCAUGUGGACAUCCCAGGUGCCUACCCCAGUGUAAGUGCUAAUUGUCUCAUUGGUAUUAAGUACCAAAAUUUAUGGAUUUGUAAUAUAAUUUAGAAUUCAAAAAGGAGACCGUCGGUCCAUGGUUGUUUUCUCCUUAUUGUGUACAUUGUGUUUAUAAAUUCUGAAAUUAAUUAACUGUAUGUUUUGUUGGUGAAUUCAAUGAUUAAUGUAUUGUUGCUUUUGUUAAGUAAAUAAUGCUAAUGUCUUUGUUUUUCCUUGAGUGGAAAAAAUGUGUUGCUCAUGAUGAGUCUCAAUGAGUUUUAUUUUGUCUUAGACUAAUGUUCCACUAAGUCACUCUGCUGUUCACAUCUUUUGUGCAAAUCUUAUUAAUUAUUAUUAAAUUACUUUUACAAGCUUUAAA